AUGAAUAAUUCAUCGUUACCAGAAGAUUUAACAUGGGCACAAAAUGAAAUCGAUGAUCUCUGGCGUAAUAUAAAUAAUGCACCAUCUGAUCCUGUUUCUUAUUGGGUUUCAAUUGCGAGUUUUAUAUUUGCUAUUUUAGGAUUAAUAAGUAAUUUAAUGUCCGUUAUCGUUUUAAGUCGUUUAAGUACUCAAUUAUCAACAUUUGUUUAUUUAACUGGUUUAUCUUUAUCAGAUAUGAUAACAUGUAUAUCAAUAAUAAUAACAAAUAUACUAGAAUAUUUUGUUCAAAAUCGUCGAAAUACAUCCAUAACAAUAUUACUGCGAUAUAUUGAAAUAAUAUUUGGUGCAGUAGCUGCUGGUAGUCGUACAUUAUCAUUAUGGAUAUCAACAGGUGUUACGAUGGAUCGUUGGGUAUUAAUCUGUUAUCCAAUAUAUGCUAAAACAUUUUGUACAUUAAAUCGAGCAAAAAAUGUUUCACGAACAUUACUUCUUAUAGCACUAUUUUAUUCAAUUCCACUUAUAUUUGAAUAUGAAAUAAUUCGAAUGCCAAUGGUUUAUCAAAAAAGUGAAUAUAAUAAUGAAUCUUUAUUAUUAUCUGAUGAAAAUUUUGAUAAAAAUAAUAUACUUGUUACUAAAGGUUAUAGUGAUCUAGCUAAACGAAGACUUUAUCGUUGGGCUUACUUUUUUUUUAAUGCGAUAUUUGUUUAUACAAUACCAACAAUAACAAUUGUUUUUUUUAAUUUACAAUUAAUUCGUGCUUUACAUCAACUUAAAUUACGUGCGAAACGUUUAGGUAAAACACGUCCAGCAGCAAAUCGACAUGAUCAAAGUCGUACGACGAAUCAAACAAAAUAUUCUGUAACAAUUAUGGUUUGUACAAUCGUAUUAACAUUACUUAUAUGUCGAAGUCCAACAAUUGUUCUUUGGAUUUUAUGGUCAUUUGAUUUAACAAUAAAAAUUUUCUUUAGCUCACCAUCAAGUUCUCUCAAUGUAAGACAUUUUCAUAAUAUAGCAAAUUUAAUUGCUAUUAUUAAUGCAGCAACAAAUUUUCUACCAUUUUGUGUAUUUGGACAAUUAUUUCGUACGGAAUGUUUAAAUAUUUAUUGUUGUCGAAAAUCAAAAAGAAAAUUUAAAGAAAAUAAUCAACGUAAAAAAAAAGAAAUUGUUAUUCAACAACCAUUAACAAUAACAAAUGAACAUUUACCAAAUGUUUUAUUAUUAAAUUCUGAUUCUAUUAUUCCCGAACAACAACGACAACAUUCAAGAUCUUCGUCAAUUACAAAAUCAUUAAUAAAUGGAAAUAAUAAUAAUAAUGGUGAAUUUCAAAACGUUUAA